AUAAAAGCUAAAUAAAUGUGAACAUUUAUUCAGUUUCCCCAAAACACUAAAUGUUGGACUAUAAAUUGUUCUUGUAUUAUACUUAUACAUUGUUUUAUUCUAUUCUACUGUUCCAUUUACUUAGUAUGAUAUUGUAUUUCUUGUGGCAAAGUACCUCGUUUACUGGCUACUUGAGCCAUCUCCAUUGUAGCUAGUUUGUUCCUCAGAAAAAAAACCCGUUGCUGACAGUUGAGGAUAGCUGCAACGUCAGAGAACAGACACAGAAAAAACAAGAGGGAAGAUGAGUCAAAGCGAGCAGCAACAGCAGGAUGAAAUCCCAGCAUACCUCAAAGAUGAGCAUCCAGCAGACGGUAACAAGGAUCACCCUGCGCCUCAGCCAGGCAUGUUCUCCAGAGUGACUGGAGGACUCUUCAGUGUCACUAAAGGUGCUGUGGGAGCCACUGUGGGUGGGGUGGCCUGGAUAGGAGGGAAGAGCUUCGACAUGACCAAGACCGCUGUCACCUCAGUGGCCGCUGUACCUGGCAUUGGGGUGGGGCUGGUGAAAGGAGGGGUGUGUGCUGUAGCUGGAUGCGUGUCUGCAGUAGGCUCAGCGGUGGCCAAUAAAGUUCCUAUUGGAGGAGGCAAGAAGAAGGACAAGUCUGACUGAGGAAGGGACGGACGGCGAUGCCGUUUUGUCUGUUUCGUCUACAGUGUGAAGGGGCCUGGAGGGCUACAGAGGAUUCAAAGUUGUGUGUGUGUUCUCUUUUUGUGGUGGCCUACACUCUGAUCCGUAAGUGUCUAUGGACCACUCUCAUUAUGUGGCGGCCUGGUCACAGAGGGGGAGACUAAUUAAGUGGUUUCCUGGUCAGUAGUGCAGGGGCCACCACACCCGUCUUUGUCUGCAAAAUAACCAGUGCCUCAAACUGUUGGAAUAUGAAAUGACUGACUGUGAAUGUUGUAUUUACUCUGUAGAUAAAAACCAGCCAAGAAAAUAUUAGGCUUAUUUUAUUGCUUAGUAUUUGUUCCAUCUCCUGGUUGCUGUUUAAGAAACAGGCCAAGAACAUUUUCACAAUGUUUAAGGCGGUGUUCAUGUUCACUGCUGUGUUUGGCAGUCAGACAAUCAGUGAUCGAUGCCUAGUCCGGCACCUCUAACAGUAAAUAAAAAGGAUCUCAUGGGGGGGGUUUGGUGCUGGGACUGCACAGGGGGUUACUACCUUGACCCCCGAGCAGAGGUGUGGUUCAGAUCGAAGAAGCCAGCACCGGGCUGCUCCAACCACCGAGGCAGCGCCUUGUUUUGAAAAGCAUUGGAAACGGCGGGGAGUUGAUGGCUGCACUCCAUCUCUCUGAUUGAUUUUAUUUCUGAGAUUACGGACUCUAUGCGUCUGGGGCCCAGCCGCUCAGCCUUGGUGCUCUUUCCCACAACAACACUCAUCACUCUCCCACCCCUCCCCAAUAAUUACUGCGGCACGCUGGGGUUUCAACGCUACCUGCAAGGGCUAUGGUAGACUGAACACUGCUAGGGAAGUCGAUGUUCCUGACUAGAUGUUUAUGCUGGUGGAUAUUGUUUUCUUUUGUUUUUUCUUCUUCCCCUGUAAAGUAUACGAUUUAUAUCUCAAACUCCCCAUUCCUGAUGUGAGGGGGAUUUCUUUUUUCGUAGGGAUAUUAUUUCUCCACCAGGGAAAUGCUCUAAAGUGGACAUGUUCAUUUCCAUUCAUCUUUUUCAUCUUCAGAAAACGCACUCUGGUGCAAGUAAUGUAACCUUAUGUUUUUCAAUGACAAAGUAGUUUUAGGAUCCGUUUCCCCUUUGAUGGUAUGGACUCUUCAUUUUUUCACUGAUGGUGCGUUGAAUCGCAGAGCUCUGUCACUGCUGUUCCUUCCUCUCUUGCUAUAUUUUGAUCUUUCACUUUACAGCAAGGUGCCUUAUUCCCACAAGAAAGCCUGAACUAAAGUAACUUUUUCAUAUUUUUAACCUACCACUAAUAUAUCUAUCAUCUUAUUCCGUUGUCCACAUCUUGUUCUACUGCCAAAAAACAAACCAGCCUACUUUAGCAUUAACCAUUUCUGAAUACAUUUAAGGAGUUGUCUUUUUCUAUUGUUUGUAUUAGAAAUAAAAUGUAUUCAUAUUAUUAAUAUACAGUUCCA